CACUCAUCCAAUUUGUUCAAUGAAUUCAUAUAAUGUGCGUGACGUCCACGCGCUUAUAUGCUGCCCUUCAUUUCCCAUUCAAACGCGACUUUAAACGCACAAGAUGCCACCAACACGACGUGAACAGACGGCCGCGAUUCUCCAAAAUGUUCGGCGCGCUCUGCCUCCGUGACGGAACAGUCCGUUCCAAAACGAUUACAAAGGCGCGUGCCAAACGCUCCCGCGCGCGCCGGACCGGCUACGCAACAGACACACAGACACAUCCAGCAUCAUCAGCUGUGCGUGCGGUAGGCGGACCCGGAGCACUCUUCGCAUCCCACUUCGGAGAAGAUUACUAGGAUAAUUUACCGGGGAAACACAUGACAGUGAGGCUGGGGAGAGGGAAGGCGCUGGGACGUGUCGCUGGACAGAAGAGGCGAGAAAAGAAGGUCGAGACAGAGCCGAGCUGCGAGCGGAGGCGAAAGCUGCGUGGAGAUAUUUGGAGUUCGAAGAGGGCACCGCUACUUCCCUGAUCCCAGGAGGAAAAUCAAAACAUUGGCUUCAAAGCUCUUACCACUGUCAGGCAUUCAUACUUUUCAAAGGACAGAAUAUUAUUUACCUGAGGAGACAUGAGUGAGGACAAACCAGCUGAGACCGUGGAAAAUUCCUCAGCAGAGGUCAACGCUAUUCCAAACGGGAAAGGCCAUGAACCUGGAGAGGAGAUCGCAGCAUCUGCAAAAACACCUUCUGCAGAAGACUGUGAAAAUACUUGUAGAGAAACUGUAGCCAAUAGCACCCAGAAUGCUAGUCCUCACAGAACUGAAAACACAGAAGCCAGCCUCCCGGAGAACCAGGAGUUCUUAUCAGGCGCCGAGGAUAAGAAAACAACGCGCUUCACGGAUUUUGAAGGGAAAACCUCCUUUGGGAUGUCCGUCUUCAACCUGGGCAAUGCAAUCAUGGGAAGUGGGAUUUUAGGACUUGCAUACGCCAUGGCCAACACAGGGGUCGUCCUGUUUCUGUUGCUCCUCACGGUGGUCGCAGUUCUUUCGUCAUAUUCAAUCCAUUUACUGCUAAAGUCGUCUGGUAUUGUAGGUAUCCGUGCGUAUGAGCAGCUCGGCUACAGGGCCUUCGGGACUGCGGGGAAGAUGGCUGCAGGUAUCGCCAUCACGCUCCAGAACAUUGGAGCAAUGUCCAGUUACCUUUACAUAGUCAAGUAUGAGUUCCCUUUGGUAAUCCAGGCAUUUCUGAAGGUGGACGUGCCUGCAGGUGAAUGGUACCUGAACGGAAACUAUCUGGUCAUCAUCGUCUCUGUGACAGUGAUAUUACCGCUGGCUCUGAUGAAACAGCUGGGAUACCUGGGAUACACCAGUGGAUUUUCACUGAGCUGCAUGGUGUUCUUCCUUGUUUCUGUCAUCUACAAGAAAUUCAACCUCCCAUGUCCAUUUGUGGACUUCGCUCAUAACAGCACUGUGAGCGUGCUGAAUGUCACCGUCAACGACCCCGGUGGGGAGGACAACCCGGCCUGCAUUCCCAAGAUGGCCAACCUCAAUACACAAACGGCCUACACCAUUCCAAUCCUGGCGUUCGCCUUUGUGUGCCACCCUGAGGUCCUCCCUAUCUACACAGAGCUGCGCAAUCCCACUAAGAAAAAGAUGCAGCACGUGUCCAAUAUUUCCAUUGCAGUUAUGUACGUCAUGUACUUCCUGGCUGCUCUGUUUGGAUACCUAACUUUCUACGACGAAGUGGAAGCAGAGCUACUUCACACAUACAGCCGCAUCGACCCUUAUGACACUUUAAUCCUUUGUGUGCGUGUGGCUGUUCUCACUGCUGUCACACUCACAGUACCGAUCGUGCUCUUUCCUGUGAGGAGAGCGAUCCAGCAGAUGAUGUUCCCCAAUAAAACCUUCUACUGGCCUCGUCACAUUGCAAUUGCCAUCACUUUGCUCACCUUCAUCAACCUGCUGGUCAUCUUUGCCCCAAACAUCUUGGGCAUCUUUGGGGUUAUUGGUGCCACGUCCGCCCCCUGUCUCAUCUUCAUUUUCCCUGCCGUCUUCUACAUCCGAAUUGUACCCAAAGAAGAGGAGCCUCUGCGCUCGGUUCCAAAAAUCCUGGCCGCCUGUUUCGCUGGGAUUGGUUUCCUAUUUAUGAUAAUGAGUCUCAGCUUUAUCAUCAUUGACUGGACAUCGGGCAGCAGUAAAGCCAGCAGUGGUCAUUAGAAACCCUACUGUAUUAUUUUAUUUUUUGUUUUCAGCUUUUAUAUUGUUGAUUUGGAUUUUUGUGUUGUAAUGUUACUAUUUUGAUGUCCAAUCACUGAUGUUUGAAAAUGCCCUUCCUUUUUUUCUAAGAGAAUAUCUGCCACAGAGAUGAGAGUUUGGGGGUGCGGAGCAUCUCUCUCCUCUCUAAGUUCUUUGGUUCUGGUGGAGAUGAAUUGUACUGUACAUCCUACCAUACAGUAACAGUGGAUCCAGGCCAGUGGAAGUGCUUGGGAAGUUUUACCAGUUAAUUUACUGAAGUGCCAGACGUGUGAUGAUUGACGGUGACACUUGGAGGCUGAGUUUUGUGAGGACAAAGUGGAAAAGCAAAGAUAAAGUAAGCUCCUGUCCCCGAAAGGAUCUUUAAUAUGAAAACUACAAAUUUACAUAGAUAUUUUUGAUCCGUUUCCUGUUUACCAGCUAAUGUAAAAUGAUUUAUAUAUAUUUUGUAGAGUUUCUGUACUUAGAAUUAAUUAUAUAAUUGUAUUUUUUCACAGCAGUUGCACUUUAAAAGUGCAAAAGACAAUUAUCGCUACAUUUUGGGCACUGCUUUUGCUUAUUACAUGAGAGAACUACAAGCACACUCGUUACCGAGAACAAAUACGUGGCCAAGUGAUUCAGCUGACAAAGCUCAAAAAUGCGGCCUUUUCUUCAAGGUGUGCCACCUGAACAUUAAACUAACUCUUGCUGCUGCUCCUUAUUUUAUACCUUGAAGUUUUCAGCCUUCUCUCAAUUCCUCCUGUUGACCAGGGUGUUAAACGAAAAUGUAAAGCACAGUUACAUAUGUCCUAUCAGACAUAGUCUAAAAAGUGUAUUAUAUCGUUUUACUAGAUAAAAAAAAAAAAACUAAGACUGAUUAGCUAGUUCUGGAUAACCCAGAAGGCAUGUUUUGAAUUCUGCCAACAUAGCACAAUACAAGCCUAAACUGUGCAGGUAUUCCUUGUUUUCAGUAAGAGGACAGGUAGAAAUGGUACUGAGGACGUCGUCUGUCGGAUUGCUUAGCCCCAAAAAGAUAACCGCAGUGCAGAGAAGACUGCUGAUGAUCAGGCCGCAUUAUCCGAUAAACGUGGGGUUGGGCUCUUGGACGAUUUGAUGAACUGUUUUUAAUUAUUUGCUAGUCGUAAGAGGAGAUAACCAAAACGUACAACGCCUUGCAAUAUUAUUCAUGCCCCUCGGGCUUCUAAAGAUUUUGUCAAGUUGCAAUGUUAAAUGACAGCAUUUUUUUCCCCCAAGAUUUUAUGAGAUAGACCAACACACAGAGCACAUAGGUUUGAAGUGGAAGUAUGGGGAUGAAUGGUUUUCACAAUGUUGACAACUAAAAAUCUUUUGCAUGCAUUCUUCUUCAUAAAUUUGGAGUCGAUACUUUGUAGCAUCUUAUCAAAUGAAUUACAGCUGCAAUAUGUUUUGGGGUAUGUCACAGCUAGAUUUAAACAUGUACAUACUGAGAUUUGUUUUGGCUAUUCUUCUAAAAAAAAAAAAAGGAGCUUAAGAUUUGUCAAACUCUGGACUUUGGACCAUUUUAGCAAUAGAAUUUGAUCCAAACCACUCCAUCACAGCUCUGGCUGUAUGUGUAGAGUUGUUGUCUCUGAGGGUAUCAGAGUAGCAGGAAUACAAAAGAACAUCAACCUUUUGGGUUUAAAUUUGUAUUUCUUUCUACUUCACAAUUAUUUCUCCAUUUUGUGCUGGUUUAUCACAUAAAAUUGCCCUGAAACUCACUGAUAUUUGUUAUCAUUACCUCAAAAAAUAAGAAAAAACCUAAGGGGUGUGAAUAUGUUUUGGCAGAGUGCUGCACAAAAGAAACCCCACCAACAACAGGGUCACUAAUCAAAGAGAUUGCUAUUGGUGACUAGAAAUAUUAGGACAAGCCUUACUGACACUAGUCCGUUACGCACACUAGUGACCGAUCAUGUCUGUCUCGGCCGUAAGGUGUCUGUUAUUUAGCAGGUGGUUAGCAAAGCACUGUUACUUCAAAAAGCACAGCAAUGUAGGCCAGUUAAUGAGAUGAAAUGCAAACAAAUAUAUCUGAAGAUGUGACUUAAGGGUAAGCUCCUUUUGUUUGACAACAUUUUUGAUUGUUCUGCCUAACAUAGUGGAUUAGUAACGUAUGAAUAACCUGCAAUAACCCCAUCAAAGUUAACAUUCCUUAGAGCCUCCAUGAUAAUGAAUAUACUCCUGUCAUGUGCUCCCUGAAUAUGAUAAAUAAUUUAUUGUAUGUAAUGUUGGAGGUGUUUGAGUGUCUGUGUCAUUUGGAAAGAUAAAACCAUGAUUCCACUGUAAAGUGAACCAUACUACUACCUUCAUGCAUCUGUGACGUUUAACUCCCAUCUACGCUAUACUCCGAUCAAAAGUAUUUAAUAACGCAAGUGUUCGUCGUCUACCUUCGAUGGGUGAAGUGUUGUUCAAAACGUCACGUUGGAUGUUUUAUGUGGAUAUUUCGGAUGAAUCCGAGUCAGUAAUGAAAUGCAAAAUGAUUGUUUUUCUCACAUUGGAUUUAAAAAAAUAUAUAUAGUGAGUGUUUUAUCAACAUUGGUGGUCACGUCUGUCUUCCUCGCUGCUUCUUGGCAGACACAAACCUACUAACUUAGGAGUCCUCAGUAAGACGAUGGGCUUGCAUACUGUACACUUCAAUAUUGUUUUCUAUGAUUAAAAAAAAAAAAUCUUACACCAGACUACUAAAAGUGCUGUGUGAAUAUAUUAAUAUUGUCCUGUUUGUCUUUUGUUACGCAACAAACCUCUUUUAAUCCCCUUUUAUUUUUAUUACCUUAUAUAUGUUCGGUUUCUUUUAUGUGUGUGUUUGUGUGCAGAGGAAUCAUCUGCAUCAGCCACUGCAGCAUAACUCAAUGUUUGGUGUUCUGCUAAUUUAUGCUUUUAUUUAUCCCCUUCCUUGUUUGAACCUGAUAUUUGGCUGAAGCACAAGUAGGCCAUUUGAUUUAAUAAUAAGAAUAAUAAUAAUAAGGUUGCACAAGGAUAUGUCUUCACAACAUGCAAAAACAGACAAACACGAAUAAAUAAAGCAACGAUAAACGAGGAUACAACAGGAUCUCUGAGGAGACCUCGGUGUUGUUUGGCCUCCUUGAUUGUGUGAUUUCCUAAUAUGCAUUUGAUUGAACAGCAUAACAUAUUAAUUAAAUAAUGACAUCAGCCAGCAUUUAUAAAUAAUGUAUAUAAAUGUAUACCCUUUAUAUUCUAUAUUCAUAUCUAGUUUAUAUAAUGUAAAUAGCGAUUAAAGAUUCAGUCCGAUUAACAAAGUAAAUGUAAUCAUUUUCAAAGUGCUUUUAAACCUUGUUGUCCUUCAAUUUGUGUCUAUUUUCUUGUAUCUCUAUAUUUUAAUAUGUUGCUGGCAGUUAUUGUACUGUAAAUGAUGUUGCAAUAAAGAUAAUGGGGUAACAUGA